CCCGACCUAAGUUCCACUCCAGUAAAACAACUCGGCUUCCGCGGUUAAGCGUGUCUGAUUCUGAGACCGGAGGAGGGCAGUUCAGUUGCAGAGGCAAAGUCGAUUAGCCGGCAAUCGAUUCGGUAGAGAGAGGAAUUGCGGGUUGAGGCUUUUCCACUAUUUCACGUGUUUGAGUGAUUAAUGGAUCGUGAUAUUUACAGUGUUGCAGACUUGCAGCAACACUGAGACUAGCAUAAUCAACCUUAAAGGGAAAGGAGGAGUUCACGAGCUGUAAGCUUCAAGGUGUCCCUCCCAUUUCCAUAUCGAUUCUCGAAUUUCGACCACUGCGUUAGAAAAACUGGUUGGAAAAUGUCAGUUCUCAUUGUGACGAGCUUGGGGGAUAUCGUUGUGGAUCUGCACACGGACCGGUGCCCCUUAACCACCAAAAGCUUUUUGAAGCUCUGCAAGAUUAAGUACUUCAAUGGUUGUCUGUUUCAUACAGUUCAGAAGGAUUUUACUGCACAAACUGGUGAUCCGACAGGAAAGGGCACAGGUGGUGAUUCCAUAUACAAGUUUCUUUAUGGUGAUCAAGCUCGCUUCUUUGGUGAUGAGAUCCAUCAAGAUUUAAAGCACUCUAAAACUGGGACUGUUGCUAUGGCUAGUGCUGGAGAGAAUCUUAAUGCUUCCCAGUUUUAUUUCACAUUGCGUGAUGAUCUUGACUAUCUCGAUGGUAAACACACUGUAUUUGGAGAGGUUGCUGAAGGAUUGGAAACCUUGACAAGGAUAAAUGAAGCAUAUGUGGAUGAGAAGGGACGACCAUAUAAAAAUAUCCGAAUAAAACAUACCUAUAUACUGGAUGAUCCUUUUGAUGAUCCUCCCCAACUAGCAGAGUUGAUUCCUGAGGCUUCUCCAGAAGGAAAACCACGGGAUGAGAUUGAUGAUGAGGUGCGGCUUGAAGAUGAUUGGAUUCCUUUGGAUGAACAAUUGGGCCCGGCAGAGCUUGAAGAGGUUUUGCGUUUGAAGGAAGCACAUUCUAGUGCAGUUGUUCUCGAGACUAUUGGAGAUAUACCUGAUGCUGAGAUAAAGCCUCCAGAUAAUGUAUUGUUCGUUUGCAAGCUCAAUCCAGUUACUGAAGAUGAGGAUUUGCAUACUAUCUUUUCUCGUUUUGGAAAUGUAGUAUCGGCUGAGAUAAUUCGUGAUUAUAAAACUGGAGAUAGUCUAUGCUAUGCUUUUAUUGAAUUUGAAACCAAGGAGGCAUGUGUACAAGCAUACUUUAAGAUGGAUAAUGCUUUAAUUGAUGAUCGGAGGAUACAUGUGGACUUCAGCCAAAGUGUUGCUAAAUUGUGGUCCCAGUACAGACGAAGAGAUAAUCAAGCUGGUAAAGGAAGUGGUUGCUUCAAAUGUGGUGCUCCUGAUCACAUAGCCAGGGACUGCACUGGGGGCCCUGGUACCAAAAUGUUGCCUCCUAAGUAUAUCUUAAAAGACGAGAACAUUCAACGAGGUGGGAAAGACAACUCAAGAUAUGACAUGGUAUUCGAUGGAGACGUGCCAGAAAGUCCAGAACGAGUCAAGAAACACCGUGAGCAUGAAUCAGAACAGCAUGAAAAGAAGCUGAUGGACAAGCCGAGAGACCGAAAACACAGGGACAAUGAGGAAAGAGAUUAUGCUAGAGAUGGAAAUAGAAAUAGGCACAGUGAGAGACCUAAAGGAUAUAGAGAUGAUGAGAGUAAUCGAGAAAGUACAGCAAGACACAGUGGAAGCAGAAGAGAUGAGGAAUAUCGUGGAGAUAGAUCAGAUAGAGAGAAGAUUGUAGAACGGUAUAAAGAUAAAGAGAACUACAAGAGGCAUGACAGCCGGGGAGAUAGCAGAGAUGAGCGUGAUAGUAGAAAGAGAAAUACAGAAAGGGAUGAGAGGGAUGAGCGAGAUAAUAAAAAGAGGAGUGCAGAUAGAGAUAGCCAUAGGGAUAGGAGGUAUGAGAGAGAUUAUAGAAGUGUAGAUACGGGUGGCCGUGAAGAUAGGAGGGACGAGAGAGAUUAUAAGAGAAGUGCAGAUAGGGAUGGCCAUGGAGGCAGGAAGGAAGAAAGAGACUACAGGAAGAGAAGUUCAAAUUCUGAUCGUGAUCAAGACCGUUACUCAGACCGAAGGCGUCAGGAUGACAAAAGGAGAUAAUUUCCAGCUGGUACUGUAUACAAUUUAGAUAACAAGGAGUUUAAGACUGACCGAUACUUUUUCAUGCAUGGCUUUCUGAAGGGAUUUAUAUUCCCAAUUUUCUUUUUUAUUCCAUAAUUAUUUUAUCUUAGAGGUCCUCCGAAUUUGCGCAUAUAAAUUGAUUUACUUAAGACGACCUUUCAUCAUGAAUGGAAGUUCCUUUUGUAGUAGUAAAGUGGACUUGUACCAUGAUCGUCAGCACUCAGUUACUUGGCCGGUUUCUAUUUCAAUGAUGCUACGACUUCGAAGCUUGGAUGUAAUUUUGUAAUAUAGAGUUGAAUUCGUGUU